UAAGUCACCGACCGAAGUAGAAAAAAAAAAAAAAAUACGACCGCACGUUCUCGAGGGUUCCUCUCGUUCCUGUUCUUCCGAUCGACGACCUCAUGGAGACUUUGGAUGAGGAGGUGGAGGAGUACAACUGGAGGGAGGUGGUGCUGCCGUCGCUGAUCCCCAUCGUGCAGGACCCCGCGGAGCUAGACCGCGAGACCGGCGAGCGGCGGCGCGGCCGGGACAUCCUCGUCGCCGUCGACCACGGCCCCAACAGCCGCCACGCCCUCCACUGGGCCCUCGCCCACCUCUGCCGCCUCGCCGACACCCUCCACCUCGUCCACGCCGUCCCCAGCACGAACAACGAGCUGCUGUACGAGACCACUCAGCAGCUGAUGGAGACGCUCGCCGUCGAGGCCUUCAAAGUAGCUCUGGUGAGAUCGGAGGCUCGUAUAGUGGAAGGUGACGCCGGGAAGGUGAUUUGCCGGGAAGCAGAGAGAAUCAAGCCGGCGGCCGUCGUCAUGGGAACCCGUGGCCGGGGUGUCGUCCAACGCGUGCUGCAGGGAAGCGUCAGUGAAUACUGUUUCCGCCACUGUAAAGCAGCUCCAGUCAUCAUCGUUCCCGGGAAAGAGGCUGGUGAUCAAUCUGUGAUCUAAUGGCGAGAACAACGUAGCAAAUUCGCCUACAUUUCCUGAUAAACUCUGAUUUGUAUUGCUGUAUUUUUGCUUCUUCGUUGAACUCAAACUUCGCUGUCUAAUUGUAUCACAAGUGAUAAAUGGAUGAUAUGUAGGAAGAAACUCAUUAAGAUAAGGAUUAGAACA